AUGGAAAAAGAGAAUAACAAGUCGAAUAAUUUUGUUAACACUUCAUGUUUCCCUAGUACAAUUUCAAACGACGACCUUCAAGUUCUCCAUGUAACUUUUGAUGAGUCGACGAAAGAAAAAUUAUGUAACCAUAGACUAAAACCAAGUUUAAUUAAAAAGAUCAAUGAGCUAUGUAAAGAACUAAUGGAUUUGAAGGGUACUUCAUGGGACAUUACUAUCAAGUAUCGCACAAGAAAUAAAGAAUUAUGUAUAGAAGAAUUUAAGUUUUCAAGUCUCUUUGAUCCGUCUACAAUCGCCCAUGAGACUAGUGAAGUAAAUCAAUACAAGAAAUGGUUGGAACUAUAUAGUGAAAAAUAUAGGAAUUACUUGCUAGAGAAAAAGAAAAAAAUACCAUGGACCAUGGAAACGCAGUCAGAUUGUGUUGAAGAGGAGGAAAUUCUUCAUGAAACCAAUAAAAUAGUCGAUUCGAAUAAAGAAUCACUAUCACACAUCGAAAAUGCCUCGUAUUCUCAAACCGUUAUAGAAGAAACUGAAUAUAAGUGUAUCGAAGUAGCAGUGCCGAACAAAAACCCAAAUUAUUCUGAGCAAUUAAACGAGAUUCUAAAUAUUAUCACAGAUAUUUGUGAUGACGGAAAUAAUGAGAGACGUGUUUAUCCGCAUGAGAUUGAACAAUUAUGGAGAGAGUAUGCUGCUACUUUGCACAUUAAGAAAUGGUUACUCAAGUCUAAAUUUGGAUACAAAGAGUUAAUUCGUGAAUUUAAUGAAUUAGGCUAUAGCAUUAGGAAAAGAGAAUUAUUAGUGCGUGGAUGGAUUGCUACAAAGUAUUUAGACAGCAGGCUUCGCCGAGGUGUCUUGUAG